AUGUCCACCCGAGGUAGAGGCAGAACAAGAAACGUUCCUUCAAGUACGCAGACCAAUAACGACCAUUGUGACGUGUGUACGUACGGAGGUCGUAUGAUGUGUUGUGACGGAUGCCCAAAGGCAUUCCAUUUCACCUGUCUAGUUCCUCCGCUUGAUGUUGAUAACCCACCGACUGGAAACUGGUACUGUAGAGAAUGCAGUUCUGAAAGUACUCGUCAAUCGCAACAACGGGGACGUAAAGGUCGCCGUAAAGGUAGCCUUUUUAAAGAACUUAAAGAUAAAGCUCACAUAUCGAAUCCAACAGCCUUUAUGCUACCGGAAAAUAUUAGAAAUACAUUUGACGGAGUAUUUGCAGGUAAGCAUGGAGAAUAUCGGGAUUCAAACAAGGAGAAACCGGUACAACUUGACAAAAGAGGUUAUCCGGUCGAACCAGAUCGGGAGAGAUUUGUCGACACAAAAGGGAGAAGUAUUUGCUGCUAUUACUGCAAACUACCUCCGAGGCAUUUGAGGCCGAUAAUGUCUUGUGAUUUUUGUGAUCAGCACUGGCACUUUGAUUGUCUGACACCACCUCUUACGAUCGCACCUCCAUUGCAUAAAAAGUGGAUGUGUCCAUUACACGCAGAUCAUGUAUUGCCUCCGAUGCGUAGAUUGCGUGGAGAAGAUGUUUUGCCUUAUAUGGACAAUACUGCUAUUGAACAUCAGCCCGAAAAACGACGGAUUGAAUGCGAUCCGGAAUUUUAUCUCAAUGAUACUUUGCAUAAAUUACCAAGGCAAAGUGUUAGAUUGGAUUGGAUUGGGCAAAUGAAGACAGCAUUGGAGGAAAAUAAUGAAAAGGUGAUUGCUGCCACAGAAAAGGCACUACCUUCAAAAAAAGAAGGUAAAAAGCCUGAAGUUUCUCCGCAAAAAGGCAAGGGGAAGGAAUUUUUCCUGGGCGAUGAGGUUGGAAAGGAUUUAGUUGGUAGCAAAGCAGCAAUCGAACUGCUGGAUGAAGAUGUUCAAAUGACUAUGGCUAUUGAGUUAUCGCAAAUGAAAUCGCGGCUUGAAUGUGAUGGCAAAGAGAACGAAAAAGAGGACGAAGGAGCAGGACCAAGUAGAUCGAAUUGUGACAAUUACGGAGAUGAGAGGAUCGCUAAACGACUUAGGCCUGAAGAUUAUGAAUCAUCGGUAAGUUCAUCCUCCUCAACGAAUGUACGUGUUCAUACGGAACCAGUAGAAGUAGGUCCAGAAAACCUUAAAGUUGAAGAACGAACUGCAAAUAGAUUUCAUCAAUACAAUGAAAUUCAUGAUAAGAACGAAGACAUUAUAGGAAACAAUGCAGAAAGCAUAGAAAACAAAAACGAGGCCGAGAAUUAUGAAGGAAAUCCCUUGUUCUUAUUGGUUGAAGCUGCUUUUGGUGGUUUUGUGAGUAUUUUACUGACAUUUUUAAUUUUGAGAUUAAAAUAUUUAUGA